CGAAAGAAUUUCGAAUGGAAUACAACUAAUGAAAUGGAACUAUUUAAUGAGUGAGGGUUCCAGGCGCUCCCAGGAGGGGGCGAGGUAGGCGAAACCGAGAAUACCUCCGCUUGGAGGAAUAACAGAAAACAAAAACAAACAAAAAAUGGCCCGGGCUUCCUGAAACAGUAAGAAAAGCAGAAAAGGAGAGGGGAAUAGGCGAAGGGCUGAGCCUGCAAAAUUUAAGGGAGCGCCAAAAAAUUGGCAGUCAAGAUAAAGAAUAUUUUAACCUUUUGCACUCGGAUGUCGAGUGUGACUCGACACUGUUAGCAUCGGUAGCAGCUCGUAUGUCGAGCCACUCCUCGGCACGUAGUUUCACCGCGGGGGAAGGGGGAUUUUUGUCUAUUUUUCCAGUAUGUUUUCUUGUUUUCAUUAGCAUGAAAGGACAAGUAAAAUGUAAAUGCCGUCUCAACUGAUGCCACCACCUAAGCUUAUCUUUUGCAUAGGCAGCAAUCUUGAGUAGGAGGGUCCAAGGCAUGAGUCCUUGCAUCAUGCCUUUUUGAGCUUGCAUCAUCUUCCCUUGGUAAAGAACCUUCCUUAUCUUUUCGUCUCCUAGGUUUGUUUAGGUUUCUAUUAGCAUAUCACAGAUUUUGUCAUGACACGGGGUUUAGUUGGAUGAUUGGUUUGCCCCCUAGCAGUCGCACGUUCUGAGUGAAUUUCCCUUCCUCAGGAUGGUUAAGUUUUCCAAAGACAUAGAAAGCAGCGAUGAUGAAUUUUACUUCGAAAACGAAGACAAAAGUGAAAAAUGUAAUAAUGACGAAAUUGAGUUCUCUGAGGAUGCGAGUGGAGAUGAACAAAUCGCUGGUCCUAGUGGAACUACAGAAAGGAAAACGUCCCUUGCUUUGCCCAAAAAUCUGGCUGAAAGUACUGACAGUGACAUUGAAUUCAUAAAGGCAAAACGAAGUCGCACAAUUGUUUAUUCGAGAGUGAUGUAGAUAUAGGUGAUAUCAUUGAGAAAUUGGGUAUAAGACCCGGUGAAAGUUACGUUUCUAGGAGAAAACAGGAAAAAGAAAAGUGGACAUCUACAUCUGUGAAUGACAAAGAGCCUAGCAGAAUCCCUUUCUCCACUGGUCAAUUACAUGUUGGACCUCAAGUUCCUUCUGGAUGUGCCACACCAAUAGACUUUUUUCAGUUGUUUUUUACUGAGACAUUGAUAAAAAAUAUAACGGAUGAGACAAAUGAGUAUGCUAGGCAUAAAAUUAGCCAGAAAAAACUAUCCCAGCAAUCCACUUGGAAUAAUUGGAAAGAUGUGACGAUAGAGGAAAUGAAGGCUUUGCUUGGUGUAAUACUAAAUAUGGAUGUAUUGAAUCACCCCAACUUGUAGAGUUAUUGGUCCAUGGAUUUUGAGUCUCAUAUACCAUUUUUUCGAUCAGUUUUCAAAAGAGAAAGGUUCUUGCAAAUAUUUUGGAUGUUACACUUGAAAAAUGAUCAAAAGUCAAGUAAAAGUUUGAGAACAAGAACCGAGAAGGUAAACUGCUUCUUGUCAUACCUUGAAAUGAAAUUUAGGGAGAGAUUCUGUCCUGGAAGAGAGAUUGCUGUUGAUGAGGCUGUUGUUGGUUUCAAGGGAAAGGUACACUUCAUCACAUAUAAUCCUAAAAAGCCAACAAAAUGGGGUAUUCGUUUAUAUGUCCUCUCAGAUUCAAAAUGUGGUUACGUACAUUCAUUUGUCCCUUAUUAUGGAGGAAUAACAUCUGAAACGUUGGUGAGACCUGAUCUCCCUUUUACUAGCAGAAUAGUUUUAGAGCCUCAUGAAAGAUUGAAGAACUCAGUACCUAGUUCUCAAGGUUAUCAUUUUUUCACUGACAGGUAUUACCCUAGUGUCACUCUUGCAAAGGAAUUGUUCAAGGAAAAAACACACUUGACAGGGACAAUAAUGUCCAAUAGGAAAGAUAAUCCACCUGUUAUCAAACAUCCAAAGCUAAAGAAAGGAGAGAUAGUGGCUUUCAGGAAUGAAAAUGUAACGCUUCUUGCGUGGAAAGACAAGAGAAAAAUCAAAGGAGGAAGAAGAGAGAUGAUUUAUAUUCGUGAAACAUGUGAAGGUAAACCAGGUCUUCAUGUGGGCGAAUGUUUCAAAAAAUAUCACACCAUGAAAAAUUAUAGAGAUUAAA